AUGGGACGCCAAAGCUCUUUAAGGACUCGUCUCGGGGCUAUCGAACAAUUACGAAACCUUGUUCGCGCUCGCAGAUUACAAGUGAGCACUCUGGAGGCAAUAUUUAAUGAGACCCGGGACCUUUUAGAAAGCGGCCAAGAAGGUGAAGAACCAGUUUUGAGGAUGCUGAUAUCACUAACUGAGUCUCAGAUCGAGCAGAUAGGUCUGGCCUUGAGGGACACAUUCUUUAAAGAAAUAUCUCGGUUAGGUUUGACAGAUUUAAGUUUGGAGUGGUUGAUCGCACUAACAAAAAACGGUGAAAAAGUACUCGGAUUUGAAUACAAAAUUGCAUCACUUUUAAAGAAGUGGAUAGAUAUUGUAUUAGAUAGAUCUGUCUCUGAUCAUCCCCAAGCAACUUGCAUUCUGCAGUUUGCUCAGCAACUUGUCAGGUGGAAUGCUGGCUUCCUUCAAGAACAGAGCUUGGAUGAAAUAACUCACAAAGUUUGCGAACGACUGUACUUUAAGACUGACCAUUUUACACACGAAUGUUUGUUGCUGUUAAGCACCAUUCUCAAAUUUGGGCAUAUUCCUGAUAAGAAAAUUAUUACACUAGUAACAACACUCUGUUCGUUAGUAAACCGGAGCGAGGCCGGGAAGGAUGCGUGGUUGUUAAUGCGAGAUUUACUACUGUCUAGGUCUGGGCACCGGACGCUAGUUUUGUUGAUUAAGAUAAUAGGCAACAGCAGAAAUUAUGGUGAUCAAGAAAUUGUAGUCGGAUCUGUCUCUAUAGUAACAGUAGCGUUAUGGGGAAGCCAGAGGGUGGAAACUCUGAGAUGUCAACCCACAGCGGUUCUUCCUGCUAUGACGAUGGGUAUGGAGUCCAGUCCUCGUGUAAUGAAAGAGAUUUUUAUAUCGGUGAAGCGUUUACUGACUAAAUAUGGCAGGAACUUACAACAGCUGAGCUGGCACUCAGUAAUUCAGUUGUUAAACAGAGCAUUGGUUCUUUGCAAACAGCUACCCUCAGAUGUGAGCGAAGAGACCACGUUUGAUUUAAAGCAGAAUCUUCAUCAACUCAUUAAUAUUAUAGAAGACCUUCAUAAGGAAGGAGAAUUUGCUGGAUCAGUAGAGGCUAUGUAUGCCUUGAUAGAGAGUUGUGCUGAUGAAAGGCGGACUGAGAGCGUUCUUGCACUCAUCGACUACAAAGCUGCG